UUGUGUCUCCGGCCAGACGUGUUGACGCUCGUCAGCCGUGUACUUUCCCUUUUUUUUUUUACCCGUUGAGGAUAUAUUUGCAUAUAUAUCCACAUUUUCCUGCUAUUGAAUGACAGUCGACUCGGAAAUAUUUAUGCCUAAAAGUAAAGCGCCGAAAAUGGAAGACUUGGACUACAUCCCAGUAGACCUGAGCCCAGAGGAGCGCUCGGAGCUGGAGGACAUCCGCAGGAGGAAGGGGGUUCUGCUGCAGGAGAUCCAGAGGCUCCGGGAGGAGCUCAGGGAGGCCAUUUUGGAGGUGGAGGGCCUGGAGGCCAGCACGGAGGGCAGUAAAACUCUUCAGAAAAGCCGGCACGUGGCAAUGGGAAGGAAGAAGUUUAACAUGGAUCCCAAAAAGGGCAUCGUGUUUCUGGUGGAGAACGAGCUGCUCCGACACACGGCGGAGGACAUCGCUCAGUUCCUCUACAAAGGAGAGGGCCUCAACAAGACGGCCAUCGGAGAUUACUUGGGAGAACGGGACGACUUCAACAUCAAAGUUCUCCAGGCUUUUGUUGACCUGCACGAGUUCACAGACCUCAACCUUGUCCAGGCCCUCAGACAGUUUUUGUGGAGUUUCCGUUUGCCUGGCGAGGCCCAGAAGAUCGAUAGAAUGAUGGAGGCCUUCGCUCAGAGAUACUGUCGCUGCAACCCUGGCGUCUUCCAGAGCACUGACACAUGUUACGUGCUGUCAUUCGCCAUCAUCAUGCUCAACACCAGCCUCCAUAACCCCAACGUGAGGGACAAACCUGGAGUGGACCGCUUCAUCUCCAUGAACAGAGGCAUCAAUGACGGAGGGGACCUGCCCGAGGAGCUCCUGCGAAACCUGUAUGAGAGCAUUAAAAACGAGCCCUUUAAGAUCCCAGAGGAUGACGGCAACGACCUCACGCACACCUUCUUCAACCCCGACAGAGAGGGCUGGCUGCUCAAACUGGGAGGACGAGUGAAAACCUGGAAGAGGCGAUGGUUCAUCCUCACAGACAACUGUCUUUACUACUUUGAAUACACAACAGACAAGGAACCCCGAGGCAUCAUUCCCUUGGAGAACCUCAGCAUCCGCGAGGUGGAAGACCCACGCAAACCGAACUGCUUUGAAUUGUACAUCCCCAACAACCGCGGUCAGCUGAUCAAAGCGUGCAAGACGGAGGCCGACGGCCGGGUGGUGGAGGGGAACCACAUGGUGUACCGUAUCUCCGCCCCCACACCUGAGGAGAAGGAUGAAUGGAUCCACAGUAUCAAGUCGGCCGUGAGCGUGGACCCCUUCUACGAAAUGCUGGCCGCCAGGAAGAAGCGUAUAUCUCUGAAGAAGAAAGAAGAGCAACCCUAAGAUGUGCUUCCCACCAUCCUUCCAGCCAUCCGUCCUUCAUUAACCCCCUCCGCCUCCCGACGUUUCCUCGCCCUCCCUUGGCCACCAUCUUUGUUGGCAUCACUUCCACACGUUAGAGUGGCCCGACGAGAACAUAACACCGCAAAGGUGGCUUGGCAUGAACAGUGAGAUGAAGAUGGAGGAAGCGGCAGCGCAGCAUCCACCCUCACGUCCUCCUCAACACGUCUUGAUCCACUCGAGAAGGCAGCUCAUUCUUGCUUUUUUUUUAGCUUGUUGUACAUAGACGUUAGUAUAUUUCUUCACGGCUCACAUAGAAAAGAUUUAAUUUAUUGUUUUUUUUCGUACCAGCUACUGUAGGAGUGCGUGUAGGCGAGCGGCGGCGUGGGACGCCUGUCGUGCUCGUGUACUGAUUUUGAGAAGUGACCUAGAAGAAGAUGGAUUUUUAGCAUUUGUUAAUUAUUUUUUUGCAUCUGGUAAGCACAAGCAUUGAUGCCGCCUCCCCAGCGUCCGUUUUUUUUAUUUAUAUAUAUUUUUUAGAUUAGCUCCCAAAUCGGCAUUUUAAAAAAAUUAUCGUAGAUGGUAGGAAAAAGUAAUGCUCCAAUAAUUGUUUACCGCACUUUAUCCUUUUUUAUUUGAGCCUUGGGUGGGAACGAUGCGGCCGUGAUGAGCAGUAUUCUUUAGCGCCCCCUGUCAGCAACAGUGUUUUAGACACGAAAGGAACGCCACCACCACCUGGUCGGUUUAAGCUACAGCAGCCUUACUGCUGCUGACAUGCUGGAUUUGGAUAGAAAUUGCAUGAAGAUGAAUGAUGCGAACAUUUUGGACCUUUACAGACAACAAACUUUACUGAGUUGCCUUUAUUUCUCCUUCAUCUCUUCCAAAGCUUCGUCAUGGUGGUGGUUCUUCGUUUGUUGGCCUUCUUGGAGAUUCUUGAAGUGCAAAGGUGCCAAAAAGAAGAAAAAACAACACAAUAUUGUACGGAGCCCCGGAGUUGACAUGGAGGGGAAAAAUGGAUGGGUUUUAAAAAAAGACGGACUUUAGUGAGAACUUGCGAAGCAGUUUACUUUAACAGCAUUGUACUUCCGCUACUCCCGUGUUUCGAGCGGAUGUUUGCGUUGAAACUUCAAAUUAAGAGCAGCACAUUGGCUGAGUUUCUGAUAUGACUGAUUACUUAUAGGACAGGCAGCGCACACAAGUGAAAGAAUCCCACCUAUGGCUAAUCAGUGCAUUUCCUUUCGAGUACCGGUACUCAACAGAGAUGUGUUUCUAGCAACACGAGCUAGGACCGGAUGUUAGCAUUUUAUUUUCGACAGAUGAGCCGAAUAGCUGUCACGGAACCGAAAACUUGUUCCGCUACAGUUACAGUAUCACUUUAUACCCCUACAUUUGUGCAGGAAGGGAUGCGGAAAUGCUGAAGAUGGACAUUAAAUUAUGUAUUUUCGCCCAUUUUCUGUCGCAAAAGUUUUGUCCUUUCGACUUUUUUUAACCCAUCAAUUUUUUUCACCAUGUUUAUUCAGGGCCCCCGUAGUACUGUCGGUACAGCAAACAAAGGUUACAAAAAACUGAAGCUGGUGUGACUGAGCCACCUCUUUCAGAGAAGACAAAGUGUUUAUUUUCUAUUUAUUUAUUUACUGUCAGGUGACGACGGGUAGAAGAUCAUCUGUAAAUGUAGCAAAAAGGUGAAAACCGUAACAUAUUGGUGCCAGUAAACUACUGUGUAACAAUAAAAAACAAAAGCUGUU